AUGGCUUCAUCAACUUUUUCUUCUUUGUUUAAGCUUUCAACCUUCAUUUUAUGUUUAUGGGUUCUGUUUGGGACUACUUCAGGUCAACUAUCAGCAAAUUUCUAUGCUAGAACAUGUCCUAAUUUUCGUUCGGUUAUAACAAGAGCCGUGAAUUCAGCUGUUGCAAGUGAAGCUCGCAUGGGAGCUUCGUUGCUUCGCCUCCAUUUCCAUGAUUGCUUUGUUAAUGGAUGUGAUGCAUCUGUGUUAUUGGACGACACUGCAAACUUCACCGGAGAAAAGAAUGCGGGUCCAAAUAGCAAUUCCAUCAGAGGAUUCAAUGUCAUUGAUACCAUUAAAACGCAAUUAGAGCGCCAGUGUCCAGGUGUUGUUUCUUGCGCAGAUAUACUAUCUGCUGCUGCUCGAGAUUCCGUUGUGGCUCUUGGUGGACCAGGUUGGAGCACUGUAUUUGGAAGAAGGGACUCCACAACUGCAAGCCAAAGUGCCGCAAAUUCUAACCUCCCUUCACCAGCUUCAAGUCUUAGUAGUCUCAUCUCAUCCUUUUCAAACAAAGGAUUUACUGCUAACGAAAUGGUAGCUCUCUCUGGAGCUCAUACAAUUGGUCAAGCAAGGUGCUCCGUAUUCCGUAGUCGUCUUUACAACGAGAAUAACAUAAACUCAUCAUUUGCGACAUCCUUGAGAGCAAACUGUCCUUCCAGUGGUGGUGACAAUAAUCUUUCACCACUAGAUUCUACAGCUACAUCUUUCGAUAAUAGAUACUAUAAUGAUCUGAUUAGCCAGAGGGGAUUGCUGCAUUCAGAUCAAGAACUGUCUAACGGGGGUUCAGCUGAUGCACAAGUGAGGACCUAUGGAUCGAAUCCUUCUGUUUUCUUUCGUGACUUUGCAGCUGCUAUGGUGAAGAUGAGCAAUCUUAGCCCUCUAACCGGCUCCAGUGGUCAAGUUAGGACCAACUGCAGAAGAACCAAUUAA